CAUGGCCUACAACAAACAAGCAAAAACUCUCAACCAUUUUCUCUACGACUGCUACACGCAGCACGGCAAGCUCUUUCUCGUUUGGUUUCUCAUCAAGCCGUACGUAUUCCUCGCUGAUCCGAAGCUGAUCCGAGAGAUUCUGGUGGAGAGAAAGGAUCCGAAAGAGAAAGAGAUCUACGGCUUGCUGUCCUACAUUCAAGGCGAGCGAUUUCUCGGCAAUGGCAUCAUCACAAACGUCGAAUUCGAGUCGUGGAGAGCAGUUCAUAAGCUGAUGAGUCCAGCUUUCAAGAGAUCUUACUUGAAGGGUUUAGUAGGCCAAUUUAAUGCGAGUGCUGAACUCUUUGUAAAGCGUCUGGCGACUCAAGCGGACGGAUUUACGGAAGUGUCGAUGUAUAGAGAGUUUCCGCGCGUUACGUUGGACACAAUAGCGAAGGUUGCUUUUGAUAUGGAGAUCAGAGCGUUUGAUGUUGGCCUGGAUGCGUCACUUGUCAGUGAGGGUCUCAGACGGGCGUUCGAAGCGUUCAGAGAGUCUGUAAAUAAUCCGCUCUUUCGAUUUGGUUUGGUGAAACGGGAGAUGAGCAGGCGUGGACGUGAGGGCGCAAGGCAGGUUCGAAGUCUUGCAAAAAGGUGUAUAAGAGAGAGGAUCGAGAAGGUUCGUGGAGGAGUGGAGGUGCCCAACGAUAUCUUGACGAUGAUUGUUCAAGGGGCAGCAAGUGAGGAGAUUCACUUCACCAUGGAGGAAAUGAUCGAUGAGUUUGUGUCGCUAUUCAUUGCUGGGAUGGACACGACUGCGAGUCUGUUGUCAUUCACUCUCCUGGAACUGGCGAAGAACCCGGCUGUGUUGGAGCGAGUAUACAGGGAGGUGAUAGAGACGAUUGGUAGCAGAGUGAACGUUACAUUUGAUGAUUUGAGUGAAAUGCAGUACCUCGGACGUGUUUUUAAAGAAGUUCUCAGACGCCAUCCUCCAGUGCCAGGAAGUGGUCGUGAGCUGCAGGAAGGGGCAACAAUCGGAACACACACGAUUCCGGCUCACACUGUGGUGGCAUCCUCUGCAUAUGUGACACAUCACAUUCCUGAUCACUUUGUCGACCCAUUCACAUUCAAUCCUGAUCGUUUUGAGCCAUCAACACCCAUCUCAAUAUAUCAGUAUAUUCCGUUUUCGGUUGGUCCUCGUGGCUGCCUGGGGAAGGACUUUGCUCUAAUUGAAGCAAAACUUGUUAUAGCAAGAUUCAUACAGACGUUUCAGUUUGAGCUCAUUCCUGGGCAGGAAGAGGGCACAUCGCUGCUGGUUUCUUUAACACCCAGAAGUAAUCUGCUAUGCACACUCACACUACGUUAGAAGAGAAGAAAGACACAGUGAAUACUCUACAGUUUCUAAUGGAUUUAUGAUGAAAAUAAUGAGAAAUAGAACAUUGCAUAGUCUUUCUACUAUUAACAGCUGAACUUGUAUAUAUAAUACAGCAUCUCCUUGCUUGCAGAAUUUAAU